AUGACGAGAUCGAAAUCAAAACAGAGACUCCCUGUCCGGGAAGACAGUCCCUUGUUCGAGCCUGAGACUUCGCUGGUACCUAAUCGGGACGAACCGCUGGAGCACUUCCAAGCAAGAUCACAUGAACGAGUUCAUCUAAACGGGCCUCAGCGAACAAACAUGAAACCGCAGAAUUUUAAGCCGAAUAUGGUCCCAGGUCCUUCAUCGUCUGGACUAAACAUAGUGCCACACAAAAGAAAAGCCGACGAAAUCCUUGAUACUGAAGAAGACUGGGGAAUUGACGAUGGUGAUGAUCUUGUCGAACCCCAUGAUCCCGAUAGCGAACCGCUACCAGAUCUACCCAUGUACCAUCCGUCAGUCAAAACAGUGGAAUUGAUGUGCACUCAUCUCAUUCAAGACUUCCACGCGUUCAUAAGUAAGAGCGCGUACCAAGAUGAUGAGACGGAGUACUUGUUGAAAGAGGCCAAAGAACUCGAGCACGCUCCUCAUGAGUCGCACAUUCUUCGUUUUGCUGUUAUUGGAGAUGCUGGCCAGGGAAAGUCAUCUCUGUUGAACUCCAUGCUUGGGCAUGAGAAUUUGGCUAUUCAUGCAGCGGAUGGUAACAGUUGUACCUUUGUUGUGGUGGAAUAUGCUCAAGCACCUCCAACCCAGAAAUUUCCAUUUCAAGCUUCGGUGGAAUUCCUCUCUCGUCAGAGCUGUAGAGAGCUGGUCAAAGAACAGGUCCAAAACUUCUUCCAACAUUUAACCAUGAGCGAAGACGUUGAUGAAGAGGAAGCGAAUGAGAAACGACUCGCCUCUGGCACUUGUAUCACGCUUCUUAUGGCGUUGUUCAUGGGUGAACCCGAAUUCCAAGACAAAGAAAGAGCGGAAGACUUUUUGACCAGUGCUUCGUCACCAGAUGACCCUAAGCUUAUCAACAAGCUCAUGGGUUGGACUGAGCACAUUCUCGAUGGCUUCAUGCAAAAUGGAGAUACCAACGACGUUGCGACUCUAUACGCAAACACAUCAUCUAGUAUCAGCGAAAUGAUUCAGCCCUUUACGAUGACAGUUCAGUACCCGAGUUUUGAAGGUACGGAACUGUUCUGUUGUCCAUGGCCGCUUGUCAAAAAGGUGCGUAUUUGCAUGCACUCUCGAAUACUGGAGCAGGGAAUCAUCAUUGCCGAUCUCCCCGGUACGACAGACAAGAUACGAUCUCGUGUGGAGGCCGCAAAGCGGUAUCUACAAACUUGCGACAUAAGCAUCGUAGUAAAUAAGCUCGACCGUGCGAUCGACCAUGCGUCUUUACAUAACUCUAUCAACGAAUCAUUCAGGAGAAGAAGAUCUGGAAACACGAUUGUGGUAUGCACACGCUCCGAUGAUCUAAAUAUCAAUUCGAAACAAUCGUUUCCUUCCAUCCCGACGGAAGAGAAAGGGAUGGCGGAGAUCAUGGAAAAGGAAAGCGAGCUCAAAGAACGGUUACACGACAUUCAAGUUGCGUUGGCAUCUCCUGGAGUAAGACGCCACCCUCUUGAAAAGUACAAACUUGUCGAUAAGAGAGAGAAACUGGACCGUGAGAAACAAUCUCUUUUUAGGAAACGAUUCGGAAUCCGUGUAUCAGCACGAAACCGCCACGUCAAGCAAGGCAUCGCAGAGCAGUACCGGCAGGACACCAAAGAUCGCUCCACGCUGCCAAUAUUCUGUGUGUCUAACCCGAUCUACAUGCAACAUCUGGGCGGUCACUACCCCAAGAAGAACCCACCAGACUUGGAGCUAGACUCGACCGAGAUUCCAGCUUUGCGUAAUUUCAUCUUCUCCAAGCCCUCACAGGGAAGGUUUGCAUCACUUGAACAUUAUUGUCGCUCCCUACUUCCGACAUUUUUCAACACGAUAGAGAUCUCUUGUAGCGUAUCUAAGAUUAAGAGGAAAGACGACCUGAAUAGAACCUUUCAUAAGGCUCGAGGCAGCUUGAAAGCGACUGUUCAAGACGUUGCAGACAGCUUCGCGCAGUUCGAAUUCGAUCUUGUCUACAAGACUAUUGCGAAGAACGAAUUGAAGUGGAUUAACCGUGGCAGACGCAAAUGCGAGAAGUGGAGCCAAUUAAAACCGGCCGGGUUCACAGCAGUUAUUCGUCACUGUGGCACCUGGGGGACGAAGAAAUGUCCUCAGCAGAAUUGGAACCCAGAAUUGCUAUCGUCCGUUCAAGAGGACCUAGACCCCGUCUUCGAAAGUCUCUACAAUACCAAGUGUGACAAUCUAUCCACGGAAAUUUCUGAGCGCGUAGGUGAAGCUGUGGAGAAGCUUAAUGACGCACUGAAAGUGGACCCUGCCGCGUCGCUUUCAGGUGCUAUAGAAGCGUUCCGUAACAACCUCAAAGAACGCCGAAACCAGAUUGAUAAGCUGUGCGAGAAAUUCCGAGGGCAGAUCAAGAAGGAGAUCAGACAAAUUCACGUCCGCGCAAUCACAGACGACGAGGGACAUUACCUCACUGAAGCUAUGAAAGAAGUCUAUUCAGCAACCAUGAGUGUAAAAGCCACUCGCGGCCAAAGAGUUCACGACGCCCGCUCCGCUGCACUCACCCGUGGUAUCACGACGCUCAGUGGUACCUUCAUGAAGAUCUCCCAUGGUGUCCGGGGAGACUUUGACAAGAUGUUCAAAGAGCACAUCAACAAGCUUAUCAAGGAUCUUGACAUCGUCUUUCUGCGGACCCAGCAUGAUGUCAGUCUGGUUUGCUCUACCAAAGAGGAUGACAGCCCGGACGCGAAGAAAAUGCGCGAGGAGUUGCUGGCCAAGCUUCCGGAUGCGAGACAGCACCUCCAAGAUGAAAUAUGGAAACACCUUGGGCACUGCAAGAUGUCUAGGACAUGA